AUGGACUCUGAAACACCGUACACAACAUUAGCACCACCUGUGUUUGAUGGUGAUAAUUUUCAAAUAUGGGCAGCAAGAAUGGAGGCACAUCUGGAGGCAAAUGAUCUAUGGGAAGCUGUUGAGGAAGACUAUGAAGUUCUUCCUGUACCAACCAAUCCAACAAUGGCUCAGAUAAAAAAUCAAAAGGAGAGGAAAGCAAGAAAGUCAAAGGCAAGAGCUUCUUUAUUUGUUGUUGUCUCAAAAGAAAUUUUCACUAGAAUAAUGACCAUCAAAUCAACAUAUGAAAUCGGGAGUUUCCUCAAGAAUGAAUACGAAGGAGAUGAAAGGAUUAAGGGAAUGCAAGCCCUGAAUCUGGUUAGAGAAUUUGAGAUGCAGAAAAUGAAGGAGUCUAAAACAAUUAAAGAGUAUGCUAACAAGCUUCUUAGCAUUGCCAACAAAGUAAGAUUGCUUGGUUCUGAAUUUUCUGAUUCAAGAAUAUUUGAAAAAAUACUGGUGACUAUCCCUGAAAAAUUUGAGGCUACUAUUACAGCCUUGGAGAAUACUAAGGAUCUGUCAAAACUUACCUUGGCAGAACUUGUAAAUGCUUUGCAAGCCCAAGAGCAAAGAUGA